AUGGAAGAAGGAGAGAAAAGCCAACACUGUGUGAUGGAUGAAUCCCAAAACGGCACGAACAUUUGGGUUACGGCAUGUGACCCAUUGAUAAAACUAGCUGUCGACCAAGUGUUUGCUACAUUGGAAGACAGCAUCGCGUACUACAAAACAUAUGCAUCCGUGACUGGGUUUGAUGUGCGCAAGAGUCCCGACAUAAAGAACAGGUACGAGAUCAUCCUAAAAAAGAAACUAGUGUGCAAUCGUGAAGGGUUUAAAGAUGCAAAACCAAACAACACAACAGAACAGAAUACCACCACACAAACAAAACGACGACACCCAUCUAACAGAGUUGGGUGCAUGGCCAAAAUAGUUUUCAGAAGAGACAGUACGGGAAGGUACGUGGUCAAGAAGUUCGAAGAGGGGCACACUCACUGUUUGUGCGAGGAGAGCUACAAACCUUUCUUGAAGGGGAACAUGAAACUAGAUAUUGGCCACCAACAAUUCAUCGCGAACUGCUCAAAAGUCAAUAUUGGGGCUAGUAAAAGUCAUGACCUGUACACCGAGAUGGUGGGUGGAGUUGAAAACGUGGGAGCGACACAACAAGACUUCAAGAACUAUAGAAGGGAGAUUUUGGCGUACAUGCAAGGAGGAGAUGCACAAAUGCUGAUAUCUAAAUACCUCGAUAUGAAAUCGGACUACGACGAUAUGUAUUUCGAAUACGAGGCAAACGAGAAUGACCAGUUGGCACGUGUUUUAUGGGCAAAUGGUAUGGCAAGAAAUUACAUGCGUAUAACUGUAACGUUGGUGCGUGUACAUGAUUCUAAACGUACUGGAGUGCGUGUAAGGUACAGUCUCGUGUUUGUUCCAUUCACCGGGAUAGACCACCAUAAAAAAUGCGUAACAUUUGCAGCAGCACUGAUUGCUCGAGAGGAUGUCGACUCGUACUGUUGGAUACUAAGGAACUUUAGAAACGCAAUGGGAAGCACACCACCACUCACAAUAACUGACCAAAAUCCGGUGAUGAAGGUUGCAAUUGCACGGGAAUUCCCAGAAACUCGCCAUUGUUAUUGUAUAUGCUUGACUACUGCCAAAUUUGAAGUUGCAUGGAAAGGAGUUAUAGAAAAAUUUGGCUUAAUGGAAAAUCCAUGGUUAAACCGUAUGUACGACGAGCGCGCAUCGUGGAUCCCUGCAUGUUUUGAAGGUGUUUUUAUGGGCGGGCUAGUGCGUACAACCUCACGCUCUGAAGCAGAGAACCGGAUUUUCAGAAGCAACACUAGCAAACAUCUUUGUGUUUCAGAAUUUUUUAACAGGAUAGAGAGUACAAUUAGAAAGCAACGCCUAACACAGACCCAGCUAAGCGGUGCCAGCAUUGCACAAACACCCCCCUACAAGACCCAACUGCGCAUUGAGCGAGCGGCAGCUUCACUGUAUACAUUAACUGUGUUUUAUGAUGUGCAGAAGGAGAUAUGUUCCGGAUGUUUUGAUUGUCGGGUCCGCGCUGUCACACACGGUGAGGCCGGGAACACAUAUGAGGCCGAGGAUGAGCACGAGAUACGAUACACGGUGUUCGUUGAAAAUGGGACAAGGACGACAACCUGCGAGUGCCGAAUGUAA